AUGUUAGCAGAUGUUAAACUCCGGCACAAGUACUGGGCAAAAACACUUUCAACUGCUGUUUAUCUUAGAAACAGAAGUCCCUCAGUUGCAGUCAAAGGAAAGACUCCUUUUGAAGCCUGGGCAGGUCAGAAACCUAAUGUGAAGCAUCUACGAGUGUUUGGAUGCGAAGCGUAUGCUCAUGUGCCAAAGGACGAAAGAAAGAAACUUGACUCAAAACCCAGAAAAUGUAUUUUUCUUGGUUAUGGCGCUGAAACGAAAGGCUAUCGUCUUUAUGAUUCAAAUCGUGCAAGAGUCUUUCACAGUCGUGAUGUCCAGUUUAAUGAAUCUUCACAAGAACCUGAAGUUGUCCAGCCGCGGCAGACAAUGUCUUUCUGCCUGCGCUGGGUAUGGAAAUUAUGGAAUACACACUCGAGAACAUUUUCUGCUUAACAUAUAUAUAUAUAUAUAUAUAUAUAUAUAUAUAUAUAUAUAUAUAUAUAUAUAUAUAUAUAUAUAUAUAUAUAUAUAUAUAUAUAUAUAUAUUAUGGAAUACACACUCGAGAACAUUUUCUGCUUAACAAACAUAUAUAUAUAUAUAUAUAUAUAUAUAUAUAUAUAUAUAUAUAUAUAUAUAUAUAUAUAUAUAUAUAUAUAUAUAUAUAUAUAUAUAUAAAUAUAAAUACAUACAUAUAUAAUUUUAUAAUUAAAAGUGAUAUUUUUAAGGGAUUUUUCAUUUGUAAAAAUAUUCUUAACAAAAAUAAUCGUAUUACCAUGACAACUGCUUUAAAUACGUCAUGUUCGGAAAAUACAAUGGGUUUGUCAGCAAGGCGAGGGGUUUCCGCAUGCAUGUAUUUUCUAAUUUUACAUUAUAAGAGCAUGUUCAUAUAUGAACCCGGCAAACCGGGCUGACUCGCAAGUGGCGAAAUCUCGUCUCGUAUACUGUUUUUAGAUGUUUUUGAGAUUUGAUGCACAUGAGAACUGGGCUGGCCAGGUUUUUCGGGCUCCCGUUUGAGCGAAGCGCGAUCUCGCAUUCCCGGGCUCAUAUGAACACACUCAUCGGGCCAGCCCAGCAAGCCGAGCUGGAAAUUGUGUCACAACGCAUGCUUCCUUUAUUCUAUCUAGAAGGCAUCUAAAAGUCCAAAACAAAUAAGAAAUCAACAAUAUUAAAACUUCUGAAACAGUGUCCGUCAAUAGAAACAGCAUUUUUCAAAAUUAAAACAAAUAUCGCGUUCCCGCCAAAAAUCGCGCGGAAAUUUCUGUAGCGCUUGCCGGGCUAUCCCGCCUCAUGUGAAACAAAUAGCAAUUUGGCUCGACAAAACGAGCUAGACCCGUUUAACGGGCCAGCCGCGCGGCUCACGUGAACAGGCCCUAACUAUGCAAACAAUCUAUAUUUAUCUAAAAUUUCAUGACAAGAACGGAUUUGUGAAAUUAAGAGCCGUUUCAAAAUUGUCUACCUUUUUCUGGUACACCCUGUAGAUCUGUUUUUUCCUUUUCGAAUUCGAAUAUCAAUUUACCUCUUUUUACCAGUUUUAUCAUUUAUUAUUAUUAUUUUCUAAAAUUUCACAUUAAGUAGUUAAACACUAUAUUAUAGAUGCGAAUUACAAUUAAAAAUGAGAAUAUAUAUCCUAUACACUACUAUGGUGGCCGAUCGCUAUCAUAGAUAUUUUUCAUAAAAAACAAUUUACGAUUUUUUAUUUCAUUCUAAAUGAAAUCUAGUUUCAAAAUAAAACAAAAAUAAAAGUGUUUUAUUUAAAAAAUAAAUAAGUAAAAGUAAAAAUGAAAAGUUUUUGAAUGCAUUUUAAAAUUAAAAUGAAUGAAAUUAAAAUGAAAUUUUAUCGGCCUACCGCUAUCACAGUAUACCAUAAUGCAUUGCGCUGCGUUAUAAAUACGUGUGCGUUUUCUCAAAAUUUGCAUGUGCUCCGUGACAACUUGCAGUGAAAAAUGGUGGAUUGAGCCGCUUGGAAAAAUUUCAAAAAGCAGAUGACCGCGAAAACAGGGACUAAAAAAAAUAGCUCUGGUGUACAGAUCCUUGAGAGAGAGUCUAUCACGGUACAACGUUUAAGCGCGGUUGUGUCGGGGAAAGCCCAAAAAUACGCAAGGGUUGGCGCAAGAGAGUCCGUGCCAUAUGAAUACGACGAAGUGACGGUUGAAAAUAUCAAACGAGCUUGCUUAGGCUAUUUCGACGUUGGCGAAGGUAGCGUUUGUGAUGUGUUAGCCGGCGAGCAUGGCCAUCCUGUUCAACAGUGAAACAAAUACCAAACCUUAGCCUUGUUCACGUGCGCUUCGUCGAACGCGAAGAGAGAGUGGCAAAGGUCGAAGCAAACCCGCCGAGAAAGAAGCGUAAGACAGACGUGAUAAAUAUUUCGCCUAUCAAGUUGAGUCCCAACGCGGGGGCAGCCAGAAGAAUAAGUAAAUUUAUACCGCGAAGUAUGUCCACCGUGGAGAUGCUAAAGCUUGGCAGGGAGAUUGAGUCAACUCCAACUACAGAGAUAUUGGUGUAUGACUUCGACCUUGGAAGUAUGACUUGGUACUCGAGUCCCGUGAAAGUUAAUUUCGUUGUAGACAAGGAUCCGCUUGGCACCGGGGGCCUUCGACAAGCCUUCAAAGCGACUAGCAAGAUCAAAGGUUUUGACCACACGACAUGGGUCGUGAAGAAAUACGUUCCCAAAACGGUCUUGGAUAUUGAAGUUUUGAGGCAAACUGUCGAGCAACAUACAAAAAAGACUGUUCAAAUGCACAAUCUUGCCCGAAAUUUUACAGCAAAGUUGCAACAGGAAGUUGUGAAAGUUAUCGCCGGAACGUUCGACAAGCAUAUAAACAUCACGGGUGAUCUUUGCGGGGAUGCGGAUUUGGAUGUUUCUCAAAAAGGGCAGUGCUUUGUCCAUUACACCUUUGAAAGAUCCGACAAACAAUUGAUGGUGACAGACAUUCUAGGUUGCGGUUAUACUCUUUUUGAUCCGGAGGUGGCAAGUAAAGAGAAUUCCACAGAUGGCGAAUCAUUGUUUUGCACUGGAAAUUUAUCCACCAAUGGUAUUGAUGUUUUUACAAGUGCUCAUACUGUAUAUGCAACAAGUUUUGCAAACUAUUAA